AUGGCCACGCAUCAUCUCGCCUCCUGGGCUCACAAUCUGCUCUACUCAGAUCUGCCGCAGGAUGUUGUGCGUGCUGCUAUAAAGACGUUCUACAACUGGGCUGGUUGUGCAGUGGGUGGGAGUGACCAUCCAGCUGCAACGAUUGCUCGCUCAACACUAACACCCUUCUUCGGACAACCUACUGCAUCCCUCCUGGGCACAUCAUAUUCUGUGGACGCUCAACAUGCCGCGCUCCUGAAUGGCAUUGCGUCGCAUGUCCAUGACUACGACGACACGCACCUCGACACCAUCAUCCACCCGGCCGGCCCCGUAGCCAGCGCCCUUCUUGCAGUCGCGCAGUGGAAAGGCGGGUUUUCCGGCAAGGAAUUCCUUCUGGCUCUGAUCGUGGGCAUCGAGGCGGAGUGCAAACUCGGCUUGUCGGUGUGGCCGGAGCAUUAUGAUGUUGGAUGGCACAUCACGUCCACCACCGGGUCCAUCGGUGCCGCAGUCGCAGUCUCCAAGCUGCUCGGCCUAUCUAUCCAGCAGACAUCCCACGCCAUCGGAAUUGCCGCGACACAGGUGACCGGCCUACGCGAGAUGUUCGGCGCACACACCAAAUCAUUCCACCCCGGCCGAGCCGCGCAAAACGGGCUAAUGGCUGCCAUCAUGGCGCAAGGUGGGUAUACGAGCAGCCUGCAGGCCCUCGAGGCCAAGCGCGGAUGGGCCAAUGUGAUCGGCGCGACAAAGCCCGAUGUCCAGGCCAAUAUGGACAAGUGGUUGGGUAUUGCUCAGGAGACUCACGGAGUCGGGCUCCCCGUUGGAGCUGCAACUGGCCGGUGGGAGAUUCUGCGGAAUAGUUUCAAGCCGUUUCCCUGCGGUAUUGUGAUUCACCCGGUGAUCGACGCAUGUUCUAGGCUGCAUGUCGAGUUGGAGGCGCGGGGGUUGGCGGUUGGUGAUAUCCAAUCGGUGCAUGCUACGGUGCACCCGCUAGUGCUCGAGUUGACCGGAAAGGCGAAACCGAGGGAUGGGCUGGAGGGGAAAUUCAGCUUCUAUCAUGGAGGCGCUAUUGGGCUUUUGUAUGGAAAGGGAACUCCGGCGCAGUAUGAGGAUGCGGUUGUGCAGGAUCCAGAGGUGAUUGCCACUCGGGAUCGAAUUCGGGGCACGGCUGAUAGCAGUCUUGCGGCGGAUGAAGCUCGUGUUGUCCUGACGAUGAAUGAUGGGGAGGUUCUUCAGAGCCAUGUUUUGCAUGCUGUGGGUAGCUUGGAGGUUCCGAUGGGUGAUGAGGCGCUGGAGGCGAAGUUUAUAGAUCAGUGCUCGUCCGUUUUAGGGGAUGGUGUGCACGCUGCGAGUCAGGCGUGCUGGGCAAUUGUGGAGGCUGAAGAUGUUGCUAGUAUUUCUAAGGCGCUUUGUACUUGUUAA